UUGCACAUGGAUUUGCGAAUCAGUUGCGCUUUUGCGCUCCAGCCUGCUGAAUUGACGGACGCGCGAGACCGCCGCCGCCGCUCAUCAGUGCCGCGCACGGGCUGAGGACUCUACUCACACACACACCGCAAACUGCAGACUUUCUAUUUUUAUAAGUUGGCUCUUUUUUAAAUUUCGUUUCUUCAGGAAGAUUGAGAUCUCUUUUACGCGAUGGAGAAGAUGUCUCGACCUCUUCCUAUAAACGCAACUUUCCUACCUCCGACCCACGGCGUCCUCAAAUCCCUGCUUGAGAAUCCCAUGAAGCUGCCCUUUCACCACGAUGAAGGGUUUGGAAAAGAGAAAGAGAAGGAGAAGAAGUUGGAAGACGAUGCCAACACUCUCAACACCCCUCAGUCCGCCUUCCUGGGGCCGACUCUGUGGGACAAGACCCUGCCGUACAACGCCGACAACUUCCAGCUGGAGUAUAUGGAUUUAGAGGAGUUUCUGUUGGAGAAUAAUAUUCCCGCCAACCCACAGAGCGAGCAGAGCCAGCCUUCCCAGCAGCCCCUGCAGCCGCCCUCGGCCCCGCCCACUCCCUCAGUGGUGGAUCUCAGUAACCGUGAAAACAGCAGCGCUCACAAUGGGAUGGUCGCUCAAAACUGCCUGCAGAGUCCCACCAGACCAGGUUUGCCGGCGUCUCGUGAUACCCCCAGUCCCAUUGAUCCAGACUCCAUCCAGGUGCCGCUGGCAUACGAGCCGGACCCCGCAGACCUCGCCCUCUCCAGCGUCCCGGGACAGGAGAUCUUCGACCCGCGCAAACGCAAGUUCAGCGCAGAGGAGCUCAAGCCACAGCCCAUGAUCAAGAAGGCACGCAAGGUCUUCAUUCCAGAGGACUUAAAGGAUGACAGAUACUGGGCACGGCGCAGAAAGAACAACAUCGCGGCCAAACGCUCGCGGGACGCCCGGCGGCUGAAAGAGAACCAGAUCGCCAUCCGUGCCGGAUUCCUGGAGAAAGAGAACGCGGCGCUGCGAGCGGAGGUGGCCGACCUGCGCAAGGAACUCGGCCGCUGCAAGAACGUUCUGGCCAAAUAUGAGGCGCGACACGGCCCUCUGUGAGGCCCCUCCCAUUCCCACACAAAACCCCACAUCCACAAAGCCCCGCCCACCGACUCCACCCCCAGGGACUUCUGCGUGGCCCUUUAAAAGGCGUCAAAUUCUCUUCAUGGUAUAUCAGUGUCUCUCUUUUUCUUCGUAGUUUCCCGUAUUUCGCCAUUUUAUUCCUUCAACGACGGAUCGUUUAUUUGGAAAUGAUUCAACACGUUUUUAUUGGAGUGUUUUAUACACUGACUGAUGAAUAUCUCCUGUCAAUCAUCCACUCAGCUCCUCCCCCUCCUCCCAGAGGCUUCGCCCACUUCCUGUCGCUUCCGCUUUUUUCCCUUCGUUUGUUUGUUCGUUGUGUGCGUGUAUUAAUAUGUUUCAGUUGAAUAGCUGUAAAGCACCGACACCUUUCGUUCUGUACACAAAUGUUCGUCGUCCGAAUAUAUUUUUGUCAGACUUCAUCAUUACUUGUGAACCAACACCAGCGUAAAAAAAUGUUGACGUCUUUCCUUUGGUUGUCCACGGAGCAAUAAUCUCUUCAGAGGGCGAAACACAUGAAACGUAAGCUAAGAUUCGUCUGUUUUCAUUGCCGCCAUUUUCUGCUGUCGUGUGGAAACUUUUCCCUCCAAAACUCAUCGGUUCCUCUGUCGCUCGAACUCCCUGCACUAAUGCGUGUUUCACAAUCUGAUCUGGUGCAAUGUUUCUACCUACACUAUAAUCUGCCUGAUAUAUAUAUAUAUAUUUAUGGACUCUUUUUGUUUGUUUUUCUUUAAACAGAAGAAUCUUUGGUUUGUUUUUCAGAAAUCUUCAGCUGUUAAUUACUACUAUUGUUAUAGCUGUUCUUAUUGUUAUGGCUGUAUAGUCAUUUCUUUUUCCUGAUCGUUCCUGAUUUGUUUAUUGGAUAUUUCAGCAUGACUAUUGCUUUUCCGAGUUGCGACCUCAAUUAAUUGUAUAUUUUUUAGGAACGGAUGAUUGUUAUAUCCUCUUCUCAUUUUUAUUGUUUUUUUUAUCCAGAGCAUGUUUUAGAACUCUCGUUCAUUUUGAAGUCAGUACAAACAGAUAUUUGUAGUGAUUUUUUUUCCUCUUAUUUUUUUGGUAGCUUGGUGUAUGUUUUGGCUGUAUGACUGUGAUGAAUGUGUUUUAAGAGGUUCGUUGAGCAGGACGGUGUUGUCUCGAAUACUGUGGUUGAACCCCAAUCAGUUUGUUUACUGCAGACCAAAAGAUACAGCACAGAUAUAUUGAUAAAACAGAGUUUUAAUGUUUAUAUCUCUAUCUAUAUAUAUAUAUAAAUGAAAUCUAUAAGUUGCUUUUUUGUACAGUAUUUUUCCUAUAUAAUACUCCAUACGGUAUGAAAAAAAAUUAUAUAUAUAUAUUUAUAUAUAUAUGAGCAAUAUCACAUGAGUAGCAGUGUGAUAUGGCUGUAUAUCAGCACUGGUGGAAGGUGUGCAAUGGCUUGAGGCCACAGGCCCAGUUCCACCAGUGGUAAUAUACAGCCAUAUCGCACAGCUACGAGUGUGAUAUUGCAUUUAUACAACAGUUCAACGGCAAAAUCGUGUAUAUAUAUAUAUAGAUA